AUGGAGAAGACCGUCGAGGUUGCGGCGGGCAUCGCCAAGAACCGGCCAGAGGGCGUCAACAACAUCAAGCAGUUGCUGAUUGAGCACACUGGCAACUCGCUGGAGGAACAGUUCUGGACGGAGAUCGAGGGCCGGCAGGGGCGCUUCCGGGGCCUGACCGUCGAGGAGGGCUUCAGUGAUUUCCUCAGCCGCAAGGGGCGCAAGCCGGCGGUUUCCUAG